AUGAGUGCUGUCACAUUUGGUGAUGAUCAUAGCCUUGAAGAGUCAAAGGUGGGUUAUAAUAACGGUUGUAGAUAUGGUAGGAGAGGUUGUGCUGGACGGGGUGUACAUAGUCCAAGGAGAGGUCGAGGAGGAUUUGGAACAGGAGGUGGUGGUGGAGGUGGUGGUGGUGGGGGAGGUACCGGAAAUGGUUAUGGAUAUGGUGGAGGAUUUGGAGCCGGAGGUGGUUCUAGAGGAGGAGGAGGUGGUGGUGGUGGAGGAGGAGGAGGAGCAGGAGGAGGGUCAGGCUUUGGUAGUGGUUUUGGCGGGGGUGGAGGGUUAGGAGGAUUGGGAGGGGGAAUGGAAGGUGCGCGUGCUGGAGGAAUGGGAGGCGGAUUUGGUAUGGGCAUUGGUAUAGGAGUUGGAGUUGGAGGUGGAGGUGGUCAAGGUGUUGGAGUAGGGACUGGGUUUGGUGGUGGUGGUGGUAAUAAUGGCCGAACAUAA